AUAAUAAAAACAAAUUACAAUUUAUGAAAUAUCAAAUACUUAUAGACUUGCAAUUUAUUAUGGGCACUAUACCUGUAUAAUAUCCUUACAACCUAUCAGGUUUGUUUUCUCAUAUAAAUUGUUAAUCACCCAUCAAGCAUCAUGGAGGCCACUGUAGAACUUGAACCGUUCAUGAAGACCGGUUUCAAAAUUGCUCGUCGCACCAAGGACUCAAAUUCUAUUAAAAGUUUGCUAAAACAUUUUGAAGACUCUAUACAGGAGUUGUACGGUAGCAGUCGGCGGCCCUCAAACGCUGCCAAAAAAUUACCCGUUCCUACUGCUCUGCUAUCAAAAGAUCUGGGUAUUGAACAAAUAGACUUAGAUGACACGUCUAGCAGUUCGAGUUCCUCGUCCAGUCCGAUAGCAGCAACAUCCAAAUCCAUCAUAGAAGUGCGCUCUUCUCCACCACCCACAAUUACAUUGGAGCAGGCCAAAUCUGAUCCUGUCAUAAAUAUUGACUCAGAUUCUGAAUCAGAAAUAGAAAAGGCAGAAGCUUAUUCAUGUUGUACUUGCAAAGAGAGUUAUGUUUUGAUGGGAAACAGUCUGGUAGAAUGUUUGGAAUGUCAUUCCAUGUAUCAUCAGAACUGUCAUAACCCGCCAAUCAUAGACAUAAACCUGAAUGACCCCCGAAUUGUUUGGUACUGUUUCAAUUGUAGACAAAAAGACUCUCAGAAAACUGAAUCACGUUCAUCAGGAAAGGAAAGCAAGAAAAGCUCUUCUAAAAAUUCUUCUAAGGCAGAAGGAUCUAAGUCCAGUAGUAAAAGCUCACAAGCCAAAUCAAGUUCUAGUAAAGCUAAAUCAUCUUCUGCCAACAGUAGUCCUAAACAUUACCCGCCCACUUCGAGUACAAUGAUGUCUGUAAUGGAAAAGAGAGUUCAAAUGAUGAAAAAGAAAGCUGCUAAAAAAUCUGAGAAAAAGAAAUAAAAACAUAACAAUCAAUAUUAUAUUUAAAGAAAAAAAAAGAAUACUGUACAUUAAUUCUUUGAAAGACAUAAUUUUAAUAAAUGACAUAAUUUAUUUAUUUUU